UUAUUUUUGUUUGAAAGUUUGAAUGUAUGGAUGGUCCUCUAAUUGCACACCUAAUUCCUCUCAACUGUGAACAAAAAUGUCCCUCACUCUCAACCUUCCAACCCCUUCUUUCUCUCCCCGCUACAACAACCGAACCAUUUCAUGUUCCUUCUCUUCACAAUCUCUCAAGUGUAAGAGAGACUACACGAGUGUGAUGAUAGUGCCCACUGGUGUUGGAGCCGCUAUUGGUGGAUUCGCGGGUGACUCUUUGCCUGUUGCUCGCGCUCUUUCUUCCGUUGUUGAUUGCCUUAUCACUCACCCUAAUGUUCUUAAUGCAGCAAUGCUAUACUGGCCAAUGCCUAAUACGUUAUAUGUUGAAGGUUAUGCUCUUGACAGAUUUGCAGAAGGUUCAUGGGCCUUACAACCUGUUCACCAAAAUAGGGUUGGAAUAGUUCUUGAUGCCGGUAUAGAGGAAGAGCUUCGGAUUCGCCAGUUACAAGUAGCCGAUGCUGCAAGGGCUUCCCUUGGAUUGCCUGUUGUAGAAUAUAUUGUCACAGACACUCCACUUGAGGUAGAGAAAUGGAUUGAUCCCAAAACUGGAAAAUCGACAGGGAGAAUUAAACACCCUGAUUCUUUACUUAGAGCUGUGCAGACCUUAGUGAGUAGGUCAAAAGUGAAUGCUGUUGCUGUUGUCGGGCGUUUCCCAGACGACGAUACUGAUGAUGUUGAUGAGUAUCGGCAGGGAUUGGGAGUAGACCUACUGGCGGGAGUUGAGGCAGUUAUAAGCCAUCUAGUAGUGAAGGAGUUCCAAAUUCCUUGUGCACAUGCUCCUGCAAUGGCUCCAAUUCCUUUAAGUCCAUCUUUAAGUCCCAAAUCAGCAGCUGAGGAGAUUGGGUAUACUUUCCUGCCAUGUGUGCUAGCUGGCCUCAGUAAAGCUCCACAAUACUUGGUCAUGCAUUCUGAAUCAAUGGAAAAGGGUUGCAUAUUGGGAAGUGAUGUGGAUUCUGUAGUCCUUCCUAAAGAUGCUUGUGGAGGGGAUGGAACUCUUGCUUUUGCAAGAAAUGAAAAACAUAAGCCACUUAUCAUUACCGUGGAUGAAAAUGAAACUGUUCUGGAUGAUACUGCAGAUAAACUUGGUUUUGAAGCGCUGCAUGUCUCAAAUUAUUGGGAGGCUAUUGGAGUAAUUGCUGCUCACAAAGCGGGGAUAGAUCCAUUUUCACUUAGAAGAAAUAAAAUUCCUAACAUCGGUUGCACUUCUUCUAUGCCGGUUAAUGGCCACUCGAAUACAAGAGAAAGAGUUAUCAACUGUUAUAAAUUUUGAGAGCUCAAUGCUAGUAUAUAGUUUUUAAUUUUGGUAUAUUAACCAUUAGAGGAAAUAGUAUAUUGUGUUCUGGAUUUUAGGUCUUGUAGCCAUUUGUAUUUCUGAGAAGGUAGCAAUUGUUUUACUUCUAAGUUCUAACUAUCUUGUAAGACAGGGUAGGAUCAAGUUUGCAGUAUAUACUGAAUUGGUUUCGAAGCAAGGUUAACACAGUUGGGUUUCACCCCUCAUUUGGGUA